AUGUCGGGCAGAGCGUCACCACUCCGAAUAAUCUGGCACCGGUGCCCUAGUGCCUGUACGGUUACCACAGUACGCCCCGGAUUUCAGACAUAUUUCUCUUCAUCAUGGCGCUCCUUCGCCUCGAAGGCUCCUCGUUCUGCACCGGCUCCUAAACCUCAAAAACGUCCCGCGACUUCAAGGUCCCAAUUCGACCAACUACCUAAGAAUCUACAACCAAAGACAGGAGGACUUGGAAGGCUGUUCAGCAGAGUUGCACGCGAAGGCGAAGUGACGCUUUUCCAGUCGCGCUCGCAGCGCAGCUAUUAUUUCAGUGCAUAUGGCCUGUCGGCAUUCUGCUUCGCGUAUGCGGUCUAUAACUCCAACGCCGUUUUCCGAGACCCUGUCACGGUCCUGCCCAUGUGGCAGCAGGCGCUUUUUGGUGGAAUUUGUGUAUCAAUGAGCGUCAUGGGCACCAUCUUCCUCGUCCGGACGGGCAACAUGAUCCAAAGCAUCAAGGCGGUCCACUCCCAAGGUCAGCCCCGGAUCCGCUUCCAGGUCCGAAGCAUGUUGCCGUUUAAGAAGUUCCACUUUGAGGUUGCGCCAUCCCAGGUCCAUAUUUCCAAGAAGCUUGUAGUGUCGGCGGAGUCUGCAGCUCGCUUUGAAAGUGAUGCCAGGAAGCUCCUCGGCGGGUCAAACGAACCAAUGCCCAGCUUUGUCAAGGCUCCGGUUGCGAGAAUAAGUCACGGGGUCUGGAGAAUUUUCUUGUCUGUGCGGCAGAUCUUCACCAGUGAAGACUUUAUUCUCAUCAAGGUCGACGGUCAGAGGGGCAACUUCCGGAUGGACUCAAAUGGCUUCGUUGACCGGGAUUUUCUCCUUCUGGGGAACCCAGUGAAGAUGAGUAACAGCGCUUGA